AAACAUAAUGAGAAAUUGAAAAUGAGAAUGUCUCUUGAAGAAGCAACCAAAAAGGCAAAAACAUCUAUUAGUAAUUAUUCUUGUGGAAGAAGCAAACUAAUUGAAACAUGGUUUCUUUGCUAGAUUUGUGAUGAUAUGAUAUCUAUAUAAUAAACCUAUGCUUAAGGGACCUUAAUAGGCAUGCUAAUAUGCUAAAUAUGUUUUUACAGAAACUUACAAAGUCUUAUUCUCUUAUUUGGCUUACAUUGUUGCUGAUUCUACUAACAAGUGUUUCAGUUAAUGGUGUUGAACAAAAGAACUUUUACAUUGUUUUCCUAGGAGCUCAUCCUGUUAGUAGAGAAGAAGCAGUAGAGAGUCAUAUAAAUAUUCUCUCUUCUGUUAAACUAAGCCAUGUUGAAGCCAAAGAAUCCAUAGUAUACAGCUAUACAAAGAGCUUUAAUGCAUUUGCUGCUAAACUGUCGAAGGAUGAAGCCAACAAGUUAUCUGCGAUGAAUGAAGUGCUCUCAGUACUUCCGAAUCAGUAUCGCAAGCUACACACAACAAGAUCAUGGGACUUCAUUGGAUUACCUUUGACAGCUAAGAGAAAACUGAAACAAGAGAGUGAUACAAUUGUGGCUCUUAUGGAUACAGGGAUCACUCCUGAGUUUCGAAGCUUCAACGACGAUGGAUUUGGUCCUCCGCCCUCCAAAUGGAAAGGAACUUGUGACAAAUUUGUUAAUUUCUCAGGCUGCAAUAACAAGAUAAUUGGAGCCAAAUACUUCAAACUUGAUGGAAGAUCUGAACAAUCUGAUAUAUUAUCUCCUAUAGAUUUGUCAGGGCAUGGAACUCAUACAGCAUCAACAGCAGCAGGCAGCCUUGUCCCAAAUGCGAGUCUCUUUGGAUUAGCAAACGGGACUGCUCGCGGGGCGGUGCCUUUGGCAAGGUUAGCAAUUUACAAAGUGUGCUGGACAGAUGGAUGUUCUGAUAUGGAUGUACUUGCUGCAUUUGAGGCUGCUAUACAUGAUGGUGUGGAUGUCAUAUCCAUUUCCUUAGGUGGAGAAGAUUCAAAUUAUAUUAAGGACCCUAUAUCGAUUGGUGCAUUUCAUGCCAUGAGGAAAGGUAUAAUCACUGUUGCCUCGGCUGGAAAUGAUGGUCCAACUAUGGCAACUGUCGUAAAUAAUGCGCCGUGGAUUGUCACGGUAGCUGCUAGUGGCAUUGAUAGGGACUUCCAUAGUACUGUAGAGUUAGGGACUAGAACAAAUGUUUCCGGAGAAGGAGUAAACAUUUUUAGUCCAAAGCAAACACAGUAUCCCCUUGUUAAUGGGAUGGAUGCAGCGCGAGCCUCUUCAAGAAAGGAAAAUGCUAAGUUCUGUGCCAAAGGCUCCUUAGAGCCAAAUAAAGUGAAAGGAAAGAUUGUAUACUGUAAAUUCAGAACAUGGAGCACUGAAGCUGUUGUGAAAGCAAUAGGAGGCAUUGGUACUAUAGUUGAAUAUGAUGAAUUUGAAGAUGUUCCUGAAAUAUUCAUUGCUCCUGCUACCUUUGUGAAUCGAAGUGCAGGUCAAAUUAUUACAAGUUAUAUGCAAUCUACAAGAUCACCAACAUCAGUGAUACAUAAGAGCCAUGAAGUGAAAAUACCAGCUCCAUUUGUUGCUUCUUUUUCAUCUAGGGGUCCAAAUUUAGGAUCUCAACAUGUUCUCAAGCCAGAUAUAACAGCUCCUGGCAUUAGCAUCUUGGCAGCAUAUACACUUAGGCAAUCGAUUGCUAGUUUAGAAGCGGACAACCAAUUUUCGGAAUUUACACUAAUGUCUGGUACUUCCAUGUCAUGCCCUCAUGUUUCUGGAAUAGCAGCAUAUGUGAAGUCAUUUCACCCAAAUUGGACUCCAGCUGCAAUCAGAUCAGCUAUAAUGACCACAGCUAAACCUAUGAGCCAGAAAUUCAACAAGGAAGCAGAAUUUGCUUUUGGUUCUGGUCAAGUUAAUCCAACAAAAGCUCUAAAUCCUGGCUUAAUCUAUGACAUGGAUGAACUUGGUUAUAUUCAGUUCUUAUGCCAUGAGGGGUAUAAUGGUACAACUUUAUCAAUAUUAAUUGGUUCUCCUAUAAAUUGCACUUCUUUGCUUCCUGGUUUUGGUCAUGAUGCUAUUAACUAUCCAAGUAUGCAACUAAGUGUGAAAAACAACACAGAAUCAACAAUAGGAGUUUUCAUGAGAACAGUUACCAAUGUAGGUCCUGGAUCAAGUAUGUAUAAUGCUACCAUUAAAUCUACAAAAGGGGUGGAAAUUACAGUGAAACCUACUAGCCUUAUUUUCUCUCAUACCCUACAAAAGAAGAGCUUUAAGGUGGUGGUGAAAGCAAAGUCUAUGAUAAACAUGAAAAUUUUAUCAGGUUCACUUAUUUGGAGAAGUCCUCGUUACAUUGUUAGAAGUCCUAUUGUAAUCUAUAGUCUAUAAAGAUACUAUUAGCAAUGACCAAAAUCAAGCUUGUGACCAAAAUCAAGCUUGUUGCAUUGCAUGCUAACAUGUGUAACACUUUUUUUUUUUUUUAUGGUAACACGUGGGGUGUUUCAGUGUUUGGGGUUCGAACCUCGGCUCCUGCAUAUAUAAUGCAA